UGAGGCAGCGGUGUGUUACAGGAGAGAAUGAGUUCAUGAUUUGUCUCAUUUGUGUUGAGCUGCAAACGACAUCGUCUUUACUGUAACUGACAGUUGCCAAAUUAUAAUCUUACAUUUUCAUGAUUUGGUAUGAAUUAGAGAUGGACCGUUUGUUUUAUAGACAUCUUCAAAAUCUGAAUACGAAUGUUAGGAGGGCAUUUUUAUUUAUUUUAUUAUUAAAAUCCCACUUAUAAACUAGAAGCUAUGAUUAGUAAACUAGAGGAAAAAAAAGCUAGAUUUUUUUUCAAUUCUAAAAACCGUAUGAUGGAAUAUGGACCACACAUAUGCUUGACUUCUAUUAUACUUCUUGAAUAUAUAACAAAUUACACAGCAUUCAUGUGUUAAUAAGCUUAAUAUUCAAAUACAUUUUUUCAAUUAAGGUUGAGAACAUUUUCUAACAAAUCUUAGUUGAUAAAAAAAGCCCAAUUACUUAUUUGCACAACAAGCUUGAAAUAGACCCUCCAUAUUUCCCCUUAUUAUCAUCAGCAAUGUGAGGCUUCUGUUUCAACACUUAUAGUAACAAAAUCAUGAAACGGGUUAGGGUUAGGGAGAGCUAAGAUGUAGGCUGUUUUUAAGAAUAUUCAAUUAUCAACCAAAAUCUACAUACAUCUGAUUGAUUUAGCUAACUUAUGAGGCAAUAUACUUCAUCUCUAGUGAGGGGUCCUUGGUAGGUUUUUCUGAAUGUGGCCCUGAGUGAAAAAUGUUUGUACACCCCCGCCUUAAGACAACUUUAAUUUAGGAAUACAUUUUCAGUGUCUAUUAUUCAGUUAUUGAUAUUGUAGCGUCUCACAAUAGGAAAUAAAAGAAACCUUUUAUUGAUUUUAUCCGUGAGUUUAUUGACUUCAGAUCCAGGUUACUGUCGGCCGUAACCACGCCAAAAACAAUAAAAAAAAGAACCAAGUUAACCGGCAGUCUCACACACAUUCCGUUAGCUUUCUCCUCAUAUCCCUCUGUCUCUCCCUCCAGGAACCUCCCCUCUCCACACCAAACCAAUCAGCAAGCACCCUCCCACUCAAUUCACAGCCACAAGUCACAAGAACCGUCCAUCAACAGUGACACUUUCGCCUACACCCUGCGAAAUGCAAACCAACUGCAAACAACAAAGCCAGGAACAUCAACAUUAUAACCAGUCUGUUACAGUAUAAACCAGCGGUCUGAGACAUUGGUGUUAAGUAACAUUUGAUGAUUCAUGGUUCUGUGUUAAUCCGAGAGCAGUUAAAACAGACUGACACCAACACGACAGGAGGGUUAAAGGUUUAAACUAAAUUCAGUGCUUUUGGGACUACGUCACUAGUGUUGGGAUCAUGUGACUGCUCCACCGCACUGUCCCGUGACGUGCAGAGAGUGUGAGCGUGCACACACAGCGGCAGCCGGGCAGAGAGUACGGAUGGAGCUCCGAGAGCUGCUGCGGGCGGCUGUGUUCCUCGGGUUGUCUCUGAGUUCCUGCUGCUGUCAGACCGUGGUUCUGAGUGAUACACCGGGCCUGGGGAGAAGUUUUGACGGAAUAGGAGGUCUGAGCGGCGGAGGGGCGACGUCUCGUCUGCUGGUGAACUAUGCCGAGCCGUACCGCAGCCAGAUAUUAGACUACCUGUUUAAGCCAAACUUCGGAGCCUCCCUGCACAUACUGAAGGUGGAGAUUGGAGGAGAUGCUCAAACUACUGAUGGAACGGAGCCGUCACACAUGCACUAUGAGAACGAUGAGAAUUACUUCCGGGGGUAUGAGUGGUGGCUGAUGAGAGAGGCCAAGAAGAGGAACCCAAACAUCACACUAAUAGGUUUGCCCUGGGCGUUUCCUGGGUGGGUGGGUCACGGUAAGAGCUGGCCCUAUGACUUCCCAGACAUCACUGCAUCGUACGUGGUGAAAUGGAUCCUCGGGGCCAAGCAGUACCAUGACCUGGACAUCCACUAUGUGGGGAUCUGGAAUGAGCGAAACUAUGACAGCAAGUACAUCAAGCUGCUGCGCUACACACUGGAUAAGAGCGGUCUUGAGGGGGUCCGGAUCAUAGCCAGUGACAACCUGUGGCAGCCCAUUACCCUGUCUCUGCUGCAGGACCCUGAGCUUGGGGGUGCUGUAGACGUGAUAGGGGCCCACUACCCAGGCACCAAAACAGUGAAGGAGGCCCUGCAGACCCAGAAGAAGCUGUGGUCCUCAGAGGACUAUAGCUCAGUGAACAACGAGGUGGGGGGGGGCUGCUGGGCCCGCAUCCUCAACCAGAAUUACGUGAAUGGAUUCAUGACUGCCACCAUCUCCUGGAACCUGGUCUCCAGCUACUACGAGGAUCUGCCGUUCGGCAGGGAUGGGCUGAUGACGGCGGAGGAGCCAUGGAGCGGACACUAUGAGGUGGAGUCUCCUAUCUGGAUCACAGCCCACACCACACAGUUCACCCAGCCAGGGUGGAGCUACCUGCAGACUGUGGGAUAUCUGGCACAUGGCGGGAGUUAUGUAGCUCUGACCAAUGGGAAAGGAAGCCUCACUGUUGUCAUAGAAACCAUGACUCAUGAUCAUUCAGUGUGCAUUAGACCUCCACUCCCCCCCUUCAAUGUGACCUCCCAGAAUGCAACUUUCCAGCUGAAGGGAUCCUUUGCCUCCAUAAAGGAACUCCAAGUAUGGCGCUCUCAGUUUAACUUCAAAACGAACAAGCCCUCCUCCUUCUUCCAGAAACUACCUCCUGUGAAGCUCGUGGACGGAUCCUUCACCUUGAGCCUGGCUGAAGAUGAGGUUUACACAUUAACCACAGUAACCUCAGGGCAGAAGGGCAGUUACCCUGGCUCCCCCCCCUCUGCUCACUUCCCCAAACAAUACAAGGACAACUUUGAUGUUCGAAACCCUCCCUUCUCUGAGGCUCCAAACUUUGCCGACCAGACGGGGGUGUUUGAGUACUACAUCAACCUGACGGACCCCGGGGCUCACAGCUUCACCUUACGCCAGGUUGUCACUCAGAGACCCGUCACCUGGGCCACCGACGCUGACCAGACCAUCAGCGUUAUAGGAGACUUCCAGUGGCAGAACCUGACAGUCAGCUGCGAUGUGUUCAUGGAGAGCGUGAAGACCGGUGGCGUGUUUCUAGCAGCCCGGGUGGAUAAAGGAGGGCAGUCCAUCCGUAGCGCUAAGGGAGUCUUCUUCUGGGUGUUUGCAGACGGCACGUACAAAGUGACCAACGAUCUCGCUGGACAGACUGUUCUGGCAGAGGGACAGUCUGGAACCCGAGCAUACGGCUGGCACACCUUAUCUCUCACCAUGGAGGGUCAGUAUGCGUCAGGUCUGCUGAAUGGAUACCCUCUGUGGAAGAAUGCUGUGGUGCUGGCCCCUGACAAUGGCUGGGCGGCUAUAGGAACACACUCCUUUGAGCUAGCUCAGUUUGAUAACUUUGCUGUGGUGGCACAAUGAGGAUUUGCACAAUGCUGUGAAUAGUGUGAUGAAUGACUUUAUUAACACUUAAGUGUGUUUUAAUAUGUGCUUGACUUUUUUUCAUCUUAAAAUGUUUUGCAAUUUUAAAUCUGAAAUAAUUGUAAAUAAUUUGCACUGAUUUUUAUUACAAUGGAAUGCAAUUAUUUAAAAAAUACGAUUUGUUUUAUUGUAAUGUUUUUACAUUUUAAAUGGGUCAAUUAAAAACAAUUAAAAAGGCAUGUAGUGGGGGUCUGAA